AUGAGGCUUCGUCAUUAUUGGUUCAUUGUUUGUCUUAGUAAUGCUUGGAUCGUUUUUGAGGCGGGCCAUUCAGAAAAGGACACUAACGAUUCAAGUCCAGUGGAGUGCGAGGAAGGAAGUUUCAUGUUGAACACGUGUGAAGAGCGUUGUGAAUGCAAGAAAGGUAAACUAACCAGCUGUUACCGCGUGAGAAAGGAUUUUACCAAAAUGACCAUCGAGGACAGAAAACGUUAUAUUAACACUUAUAAGCUGGCAUCGGUCCAUCCUGUGGUUAAGAAAGAUUAUGAGAAAUUGAUAGCUCUCCACAACACCGGCGGAAAUCAAGCAAAAGUUCCUGAAGCCUUUUUGCCAUUUCACCGGUGGUUUUUGGUUGAGAUGGAAAACGUACUGCGCAGAAUCGACUGUCGUGUGACUUUACCCUACUGGGAUUGGAGCAAAAACACUCAUCAUUGGUGGAGAGGAACUGGUGACGAAGACCUUUGGAACCCUGCUGAUCAUGGUUUAGGAGGAGAUGGAAAUUAUACCGAUGACAACUGUGUGGAGGACGGAGCUUUCAGCAAAGAUAAAUGGCUUCUCUUAGACGUGUCUGGAGGAGGGUGUUUAAGAAGGAAUUUUACGAAAGACAACCUUCUCUACGAUAUUGAUCACGUGAAGAAAACUUUAUCGCUGCCCCUGGAAGAGUUCGAACAAUUUGAAGAAACUGUCCGUGUAGACUAUCACUUGUUGCCUCACAACGCAAUCGGUGGUACAAUGAUGAAUCCUCUAAUAGCAGCAAAUGCCCCAGAACUGCUUCUUCACCAUUCAUUUAUGGACAAACUGUGGUAUCAAUGGCAAAACAAAGGAGAUGAAUACAAAAAUGUCUACUUCCCAAGCGUGCCUUUCAAACUUUAUGGAUCAAAGUAUUAUGGCCGGGAAUGGAUUGAUUCUAGUAACCUUCCGGGUCAGGUGAAAGUUCUUUACGAAGAAUGA